UUAAAUACGGGAAGACAACGCUGAACCUGAAAGCCAUAUUUCUCUGGUGUGGUUUGUCGAUUGUCGCCCGCAAUGGCAUCAUCCACUCACAAGCACCAACCUCUGCCAACCUUGCACGGCGUAACCGCAGCUCCGCCACCAACACCAUCAACGCAGCCCAACCGACUCUCCUCCUCCGACGCCGCCGACGCUCUCUCACGUUUACUUCACCGCCUUCCACCCACCCUCUCUCUCCCUUCUCGUCUCUCCCCACCCACAAUCUCACCUCCUGUCAUAUCCAUCUCUGAGCAAAACCUUAACCUCCGUGAAGACCUCCUCUCAUCCUCCUCGGAACUCGGUUUCUUCCAGCUCACCAACCAUUCCAUCCCCUCCCAACUCGCUCAAUCAGCCGAGCUCGAGUCGCUUUCUCUCUUCGACCUUCCUCACGACAAGAAGCAACAGUCCUUUCCCAAAAACUGGCCCGCCGGCUUCGAUGACGAAGAAGAGGACGGAGAUCGGAGCGGUGGCGAAUCGUUCUGCUUUGACGUGCACUCUUGUACCGAGUCAACUGAGUGCCCCUUGUCAUCUUUGAUGGAGUUCGCUCGUGCUCUGGAGAAGGUAGGUUUCGAGAUCGUUGAGGGGCUAUCACGCGCCAUGGGUUUUGAGAACCCCUUGGGGAACGACGGCACUCGUUCAUGCUCGUUGAUGUGGGUUGCCGAAGGUGUCGCUGGUAAAAAACCGGUCUUUUCGGGCCGGUUUUAUCCGUAUGUAAUCGCAUUGCAGUAUCAGAUCAGGUGUCGGAAAUAUUCGAUGCUGGCCGAUUCCGGUUGGGUGACCGUAUCGCCACUAGUCGACUCUGUCCUGGUUACCAUCGGGGACAUCGCUCAGGUAUGGAGCAAUGGGAAGUUGAAGAAAGUAAGAGGGAGAGCAGCGGCGAAUUCAGGGAAUGGAGACAAGUCGGGUUGCGUAACGAUGUCGCUGCUGGUGACUCAACCAAUGGACAGCACUGUAUCUCCCCUCCUUCCGUCGGUGGUAGCUAGAGAAGAAGCUGGUGGUGAUGGUGAAGACGAUGACAACGACAACAGCAGCAGCAAGGGAGAGUGUGAGAACAAGGAGAAGGAGGACGGUGGUGAUGGCAAGGCCAAGGGAGAAGAAGAUAAAGAUGAGAAGAGGGUGUUCUGCUCGUUUCGUUUCGAGGAUUACGCAUGGAGAGUUUAUCACGAAAGGUUACUCUUCAAGGAUCCUCUGGACAGAUACCGCAUCUAAAUAUCGGGUAUAUAUGCACGAAGGAAAUCUUAAUUUGGAUGCUGCUGCUGCUUCUGCUUGUCCCUGUGGCAAUUAAUGCUUAUAUAAUGCAUUAAUUCUUUGACACUUGAACACUCUUGUUCUGGUAUUACUGCUACAGACCUCGCGGCGUAGGAGGCCCAGACAGACAACCCUUAUUGCCGUGAAAAUUCUUGAGAGGAGGACGGAUUAAUGGCGAUUCACUUUUUUAAUUUUCAAUUCCCUUUCUUCUCUGAUCAUUUACUGUUAUUGGACUUGCACACUCACCUUUUACUUUUUUUCUUUUAGUUGUUGUAUUUCUCUACUUACCUCCGACUCCGAGAUAAAUGAGCGAGGGCCGAUGGGUUUCAUGUACUUUUGGUUUGAGCCUCUGAUCUCGUCACAUGGAUAUCAGGAUGUCGUCUUA